GUCACAUCUUCUCCUCCAAUGGGGAUGGAGAUGGUGUAUGCUGACGUGGCGUCUCUCUCCAUUACACUUCUCUUCCCGUCUUCAUCUCUCUAGUCUCUCCAUUACACUUCUCUUCCCAACAACAACAUUGUAACAUGUCGGAAGAUCAUCGCCGUUGGAUGGAUCAGAACGCUUCAUGGGACUACUUCUCUUUCAACAUCAACAACGGUCAACAUCUUCAUCACUACGACACAAGUCAUAGAGAAGAAGAGAUUAGAAACCCUAAUCAAAGUGACUACCGUCAUUACCACAAGAAAGACACGACCGACUGUGGAAGUUGUGGACACUCGUCAAAAGCUUCGGUGGCGAGAGGACAUUGGAGACCAGCUGAAGAUGCUAAGCUCAAAGAACUAGUCUCUGUCUAUGGCCCACAAAACUGGAACCUCAUCGCUGAAAAGCUCCAAGGAAGAUCCGGGAAAAGUUGUAGGCUUCGAUGGUUUAACCAACUAGACCCGAGGAUAAACAGAAGAGCCUUCACAGAGGAAGAAGAAGAGAGGCUAAUGCAAGCUCAUAGGCUUUAUGGUAACAAAUGGGCGAUGAUAGCAAGGUUUUUCCCUGGAAGGACUGAUAAUUCUGUGAAGAACCAUUGGCAUGUCAUAAUGGCUCGCAAGUUUAGAGAACAAUCUUCUGUUUACCGCAGAAGGAAGACGAUGGUUCCUCUUAACCCACCCCUUAACCGAAAUCUUCACGGUUUCAACGUGUUUGACCCUACUAGGUUAGCUUUGACCCACCUUGUUUGUAAUGAUCAGAACCAGCUUAUGUUGCCAGUUCCUUGCUUCUCAGGUGCUAAUCAUGGAAAUGAGAGUCCAUUGAUGUUGGGGAUGUUCGAGGGCGAAAUGAUGAUCGGUGAUUACAUUGCAAGGACACAAGAGCCUACUACAUUCGAUUAUUCAGAUCAAACCGGGAAGUGUGAGAUUCUUGAGAGUAUAAAUGAAGAGAAGAAACCACAUUUUUUCGAUUUUCUUGGGUUGGGAACGGCGUGAUCAUCAUCCUUAAUAUGAGUUCCCUACUCCUUUCGAUGUACUUUUGUUGCGUUAGUUAAUAAUUAACCCAUUUGUAGAUUAAUUGUUGUCCUUAGUCUCAUGUUAAUUAAUUUUUAAACUCGUGUUGUUACGUACGUACCGUUCUUUAGGUUAAUUAAAUGCUUUAAUUUGUGUACAUGCCAAAUUGUCUCACUUUCAAAAGCAAAGUUGAUUUGAAG